AUGGAGUGCAAUCAGACGCUUUGGCUCGAUAUUUCCGAAGAGGGCCAAAGGGUGAGGCAAAUGGCGCGGCUGGCCAAUCUUUCCUUGGGACUAUCUCGAAGACAGUGUCCCUCCAUGAUACUGGUUUUCGAGUCUUCCCAGAAGCAAUUCUUCCCGAAGGACGAGCGAAGUGGAGUAUACCUACGGUUGGAGCACGAGAAUGGCCGCAAUAACCCGGUCUUCGUCGCUAGUAUGCAAAUCUCAUCGCCGCAGUGGCGCAACCGAGAUGAUCCUUCCAACGAUCACGGCUGCUCUGUGACACAAGAAAUCACAAUGCGAGGAGACUCUACAGAUCAACCCGUACCGAAGCUGCUUUUCCCCUUUGUGCAUACACUAAUUUUUUUGUACAAAGAUGACCGCGAUACCGAGCGCAUCAAGGCACAGGUACAGUACUGGAAGGAUGUCCACGAUAAAGUUCAUAAACAGUUCUCAAUGCCCGAAAUUCUCAUCUGCACCUGGGAUCAUAGUCAACUUAGGCGACUGCGGCAGGACCUACAUAGCAUUGUUCAGCGAGAACCGCAGCGCCGAUUUUCAGCGCGCCGCAGAUCACAGCACAGCAGCAUAUCGCAGCACCGCAUAUCGCAGCAUCGCGUGUCAUCACGCCACAUAACACCGUUCCGAAUCACUGUGCACAGAAUCGACUGGCGCAGCUACAGUGAGGACGGGCUGAGGCCCAUCUGUAACCAGGCUCGCUUGGCACUGGAAAGAUCUCGACAAAGACGAAAGGCUAGCAAGAUGCUCUUCUCUCCAAAGCACUUCAGCAAGUUUUUCUCAUAUUCCAUGACCAUUCACAGCGAAAUCCAAGAGCAGAAGCAAUACAAGCCAUUCUGCUUUAUAGGAGCUUCUCGCACUGGAAAUCCAGUAACAUCAGAUUACGAGCAGCAUCUGAAGAACUUUAUAUUCGUUCUUCCAGAUGACGCAGAUCCCGAUUUUAUUGCUGAGACCCUUGCUUCAAGAUUUCUUUUUGAUCACUGGAGCAAGAACAUGCACCGUAAAGAUAUACUUUUCAGUUUGUUUAUAGCUUGGCGCUAA